AUGCGAGCGUUCAAUCUAGCUUUCUCGCCGCUCCUUCUUGCCGCAGUUGCCGGCGUGGUAUCCGCGCAGGACGAGGCCACCGUCUACGAUACCCCUGUUCUUGCCGAGGCUAGAGAGCUUCAGAAACGUAGCCCUCCGGCAGGCGUAUAUGUCUGCGACCAGACCAACUGGCACGGCAAAUGUGCCUGGACCAAGCUCAACGAGGGGGUCUGUAUGAACUUCCCUUGGGAUGCAGGCACCUCUUUCGGCCCUCCUCAAGGAUGGCAGUGUAAGAUCUACUACGGCGGCAAAUGCACGGGUGCCAUGACCGACGGUAAACUCACCUAUCCCGGGACGCCCAAUAUCGGGGCUACGUACAACAAUCGGUUGAAGCCGGCUUCGUAUAAAUGCCGUCCUUGCCCUGCUGGAUCUCCUUGUAUCAACGGCAAUGCUCCAGCUUACCUUGAAGCCGUGAGCAAACAUGGCGAGAAGAUGCCCAACGGGAAAUGUAAAAUCUUCCAGAGCGGCGACGUCCACGAGGUCCCUUGUUAG